GUGACGUUUCCCCCCCACCCUACGUUACAAAGCACUGCUAUUUUACAGCAACAGAAAUCCUUUUGGAGUUUUGUAGCUGACUCAGAGCUGCAAGAAGAAGAGAAAAGAAGAGAAACAGAGAGAAACACGAGCAGUUUCUUGCAGACAAGAUGACAUUUACUGGCUUCUUUUUCUUCUGUAUGCUGCUGAACAUGCUAACAGAUGCCCGAUCCAUCCAGGAUGGAGAUGAUCUCUACCAGGAUGCUGCAGCCUUGCCCUACUGGCCCUUCUCAUCCAAUGAUUUCUGGUCCUAUGUGGAAUAUUUCCGGACCUUGGGAGCCUACAGCAGGAUCAAUGACAUGGCCAGAGCCUUCUUUGCCCAGUUCCCUUUUGGGAGCCACCUUGGCUACCACGUGCGUGACCACGAGCACUGAGAGCCUUGCUCAGCUGUGCCAGAGCUGCUGCCCAGGUGUUUGGGGGAGCACCUGCCUGCCACUGAACACACCUGGGCCCUCACCUGCUCUGUGACACCACGGUCAUGUGCAGCGUUUUAUGGCUUCAGUGAGUCUCUUUUUUAGCAUUUCUUGUAAAGGUUUUUGAGUGACCUGACUGCCAGCAAACCCACCUGCACUGUGCCUCAGCCACUAAGUGACACUGCAGCCACAUGCAGCAUUUCAGGCUUUAAAUUAAUCCC